GGAGCUCCAAGAAGAGUUUUCCGGAGGUGUGGUGGAGAGGAUCUGGGAAGGAGGUGCUGAUACACAGCUACUCGGGCAUUGCAGCGGACACCUAUAGGGGUCCCACAUAUGGUCCAGCCUCCAUUUACAUCUUGCAACUCAAAUCCACAGAGCAGGACACGCAGGUGGAUGUUUAUCUUCAUGAAGGUCCGGGACCAUCAGGGGUUUUCCCCGAGCUGCCGGCAGAUCCCCACGUCCGCACACUGGGGGUCGGGAUGACCAGUGUUACGCUGAGCUGGAUGCCGAGCCCGUCCGUCACCGGAUCAUCAAAGCACAGCAGGAAACAGUCGUACGAGUACUGCGUAACACUGAACCGUAAACACAACUGGAGGAACCUGUGUUCUGCCCGCGAGAGGAAGAGCGUGGAAAGGGUCAGGAAACGAGGGAGGAAAGACGAGCAGCGGAAAGAGGUGGAGUCUCUGAAGGCCUGGUGGGGGCAGCACUGGGGCAUGUUUGAAGACCGCGGUUCCUCGGCUGUGAUCCGGUCGGACGUCGCGGAUCCGGACUGUGUGUGCAGGGAGGAGAACAGUGUGUGCACCGUCUCUGACCUCCUGCCGGACACUCGGUACUACUUUGAUGUGUUUGUUAUUGACCGGGUAAAUGGGACGAGCACCGCGUACACCGGAACCUUAGCACACACUCACGCUGAGGCGAGGGGUGUCGCGACCCCACUAAGGGACGGUCAGGUGCAGUGGACAACUCUCAGCCCGGGUUCAGACGGGGAGCAACGCUUCAGCUUCAGGCCCCGCGGGGGGCAGAGGAACGGCUUACUGACACUGCAGAGUUGCAACUCCACAAAGGCUAAAGUGAUUGUGUCCACCAGGGGGCGUCUGUUGUCCUCGCAGGAUGUGGGUGAUCGGAUGGGUCAAAUUUGGCUCCAGGGGGGUCCUUCAUACCUCAUCCAGCUCCAGGCUCUGGACAGUACAUCACCCAAAUUAUUAGGACCAGAAAAGUCAAAAGUGUGUGUGAAACUGCAAGCGUCCUCGGCCUUCCACCGCCGGGGGGCGCCGGUCCUGCCCGUUACUCUGCAGCUUAAGUCCUUCAAUAAACUCCGAAGCUGCAGUUCGGUCACUCUGGCCUGGAUGGGCACAGAGGAGCGCAGUCUUUACUGUUUAUACCAGAGACGAAUCACAGAUCAUCCGAAGGGACCAACCGUCACCGACCUCUGCCUGGGGCCGGAGUCGCGUCCGGCUGCGGAGCGCAUCCUCUGUAAAUACUUCCAGGAACUGGAUCCGAGAAGAGCCGUCACUACUGCGGUCAUCGGGGGACUGAACCCGGGCAGCGUGUACGUAUUUGAUGUUUAUCUAAUCAGACGUUGGGGACUUCCCAUUAAAUACCACAGCAAAACAGUGAGGACCCGAAGACAGUGCUGAGACUGAGCAAAUCAGCUGUACAGAAGAAAAAGCUUAAAGAACUGCAGGAUUCGCUCUUAAAGAAUCACUGAAAACAUCCUCAUCUUCUUAAACAAGAGCAACGUAGCACCAAAACACUGUUUCACACCUACUAUCCACACAGUCCAGUACUACACUACACCCGUACACGUACAGUUUAGCUCCACCUAUUUAGUGAAGGUAGGACUGGACAGACACCAGCAAAAAAAAAACACAUAGAAACUGUAUUUAUUUGUUCUGUGGUUCUUUGUGUUGUUAAAUAACUAUUAAGAGUCCAGAUAUCAGGAUUCUCUCACAGUGUCAGUGUGUAGGUUCUGCUAAAGCAUGCAGUAGAACCCUGUUCUUGGUUCUGAUGUUCGUGAUUGUUGUGAUUCCUGUGCUUCACUUUUAUUCGCCAAUAAACUGAGAGCAGCUCCGA